AUGUGGGCUACAUGUUUGAUGAGGGGAAAGUUCUUUGCCGGUUUUCGAACAACAUCUCGCUGCGAAGGUAUGCAUUCACAAAUUGGUCGCAUUGUUCGAUCCCGAAAUAGCCUUCUUGAGUUUGUUCAGUAUUUUGAGCGGUAUGUGAAUUACAUGCGAUGGACUGAGGUUGAUGCGGACUACAAGUCAGUCGUAGGAGAUGCUGUGCCUAAGACUAAUGUGAGAGCACUUGAAAAAUGUGCUGCAAAUGUAUAUACAAGGACUGUUUUCCUAAAGUUCAAGCCAUGGCUGAACGGUGGUAGUGUAAUUAAAGUUGCUGCCAUUAAGGAAAAAUCCUCAUGUAUGAUCUAUUCCAUGUACAAGUAUUGUAAACCCGAUAAGUUGUGGCAUGUCGCACAUGAUGUACAAUUGUCUACGUUUAGAUGUUCAUGUCAGCGGAUGGAGACAUUUGGGCUUCCUUGUGAUCAUAUCAUUGGUUUGUUGGUUCACUUGGACAUUGAUGUGAUCCCUGAGAGUUUAAUAUUACAGAGGUGGUGUAAGUCAGCAAAGGAUUGUAUGAAAGAUAAUAGUGAAUCCUCCUACAAAUUCUGGGAAUCAACAAUUCUGGCUAGGCUUGGUUCUCUAGUGAUGAGAAGUAGAGAAAUGUUUAACCUUGGGUGUGAAUCUAUGGAAGACUACUUGGACACUGUUGAUGUAAUGGCAAAGCAUGUUAUGAAACUUAAGGCAAAAAAGGAGGCAGCCCUUGGAACUGGUGUUGAGAACCUUGAUGAAGAUGUUGAUAAUGUAAAAAAUCCUCCUGUCAUAAUGAGCAAGGGAUGUGGUGGAACCUCAAAUGUGAAUGGAAGCAAGGGGAAAAGGAAGUGCACAGUUUGUAAGGUUGAAGGCCAUAACAAGACAACAUGCCCCCAGAACAAACGAGCCAAAGUUAGUAAUGAAGCAGCUGUAGCUUCUAAUGCCUCCUUUUUUUGA